AUGAAUGGUUCUGAUGAUGAGCAAAGGCCUAGAAACCCAAAAUUCAAUGAGAGGACUGAUAUGACAAAUGUUCAGUUGGUAAAAGGGAUGAAAUUUCCAAACUCUAAGGUUUUUAGGAAGGCUUUGAAGGAGUAUGUGAUUCAGCAUCACAUUGAUAUCAAGUGGAAGUUGAAAGAGAAGAAAAAGGUUUAUGUACAUUGUAAGAAUAACUGUGGAUGGAGAUGUUAUGCCUCAAUGGUGACUGGAAAGUGCACAUUUGAGAUAAAGACACUUAAUCUUGAGUGUACCUACCCCCUAUCAUUUCAAAAUAGGCAAGUUACAUCAGCAUAUAUGGCAAGCACGUAUUUGGAAGAUUUUAGUAAAAAUCCUAAUUAUGAGGUCUCAGGUGUUAAGCACUAUGUUAUGCAGCAUAUUUCAAUUGACUUAAGUCUUAGUCAAGUGUAUAGAUCAAGAAAGGUAGCUAAAUGUUUAAUCACUGGGAAUGAAGAGUCUCAGUAUGGCCUACUAAGAGAUUAUGCAAAAAUGAUAAGGAGGACAGAUGUUGGAAGUAAGGUGAUACUACAAACAGAGAUGGAAGAUGAGAAUGCACAACUCAAGUUUAAAAGGAUGUACAUUAGAUACAAUGCUCAGAAAUUAGUGUUUCUGGGUGGUUGUAGACCAUUCGUUAGACUGGAUGGAUGUCACUUGAAGGAUAGGUUUGAUGACAUUGGCAGCCCAGAGGAUCUUAAUUUGGUAUUCAUUAGUGACAGGCAAAAGAGCCUUAUUCUUGCAAUGGAGACUCUAUUCCCAACUGUAGAGCAUAGGUAUUAUGUGAAGCACACAUACAACAACUUCAAGGUUAACCACAAGGGCAUGGAGUUGAAGAGUGUACUGUGGAGGUGUGCUGGCAUAACAUUAGUUAGGGAAUUUAAGAAGGGGAUGCAGUAUCUUAAGAGUUUGGAUGAAGAAGCUUGA